AUGGAUGGAGGGAAUCACUCAGCUGUGUCUGAGUUUGUGUUCCUGGGACUCACUCACUCAUGGGAGAUCCAGCUUCUCCUUCUGGUGUUCUCCUCUGUGCUCUACGUGGCAAGCAUGACUGGAAACAUCCUCAUUGUGUUUUCUGUGACCAUUGAUCCUCACUUACACUCCCCCAUGUACUUUCUCCUGGCCAGUCUCUCUUUCAUUGACUUGGGAGCCUGCUCUGCUACCUCACCCAAGAUGAUUUAUGACCUUUUCAGAAAGCACAAAGUCAUCUCCUUUGGCGGCUGCAUCGCCCAGAUCUUCUUCAUCCACGUCAUUGGAGGCGUGGAGAUGGUGCUGCUCAUUGCCAUGGCCUUUGACAGAUAUGUGGCCAUAUGCAAGCCCCUCCACUAUCUGACCAUCAUGAGCCCACGGAGGUGCAUCUUAUUUCUGGCUGCUGCUUGGGCCCUUGGUGUCAGUCACUCACUGUUCCAACUGGCAUUUGUUGUUAAUCUACCCUUCUGUGGUCCUAAUGUGCUGGACAGCUUUUACUGUGACCUUCCUCGUCUCCUCAGACUGGCCUGUACAGACACCUACAGGUUGCAGUUCAUGGUCACUGUCAACAGUGGGUUUAUCUGUGUUGGUUCCUUCUUCAUACUCCUCAUCUCCUACGUCUUCAUCCUGUUUACUGUUUGGAAACAUUCCUCAGGUGGCUCAUCCAAGGCUCUCUCCACUUUGUCAGCUCACAUCAUGGUGGUCCUUUUGUUCUUUGGUCCAACCAUGUUUGUCUAUACAUGGCCACACCCCAAAUCCCAGAUGGACAAAUUUCUUGCUAUUUUUGAUGCAGUUCUCACUCCUUUUUUAAAUCCUGUUAUCUACACAUUCAGGAAUAAAGACAUGAAGUCAGCAAUGAAGAGAGUAUGCAGACAGCUAGUGAUUUACAGGAAGAUCUCAUAG